AUGCGCUAUUCCGUAGUUAAAGCGGGAAAGACGUCACCAACUCUCGCCAGCGGAUCGCUCAAGUCGGCGUGCUGGGAAGUUUCCAGGGUUCAGGACUUCUCUCUGGACGCAGAUGAGGUACGAAUGAGAGCCGCAGCCCACCACAUUGUACGCAACUUGACUGCUGGAAUGGCUAUGAUUACUUGUAGAGACCAACUGUUGCUGUCCAUCAACUCCAACCUCAAGACUGUCUUCCUCAGUAACCUGAUGUCAGCCAAUCAGCAACAGAAAGACAUGGUAGAGCAGGCAGCUACAGUCACGGCCCAGGAUAACAUGGAGCUGGCUUGUGCUUUUAUACAGAAGACAGCCAUUGAGAAGGCAACACCUGAGGUUGACAAACACCUGAUCACUGAAUAUGAGAGACGCAAGCACGCUCGUGCAGAAGGACUCUGCUGUGCUGACGUACCAGGCAGAGCACAUGACGUCUCAAGGUCGGAGCAGUCACACCGCAGCAGAUGGUGGUUUACGAGGAGUUUGCCCGCAACAUCCCAGACUUCCAGCCACUCUCGGAGCGUGACUCUGCUGUGCUGA